AUGAUGGUGCAAGACUUCAGCGAGUGUAAAUCAGAAGGACGAGCUUUAUCCCAUGAAGAUCGAGUGUUUUUGAAGAAGGUAAAUGAUGGUAUCCUGAAACUAGAUGAUGGUCACUAUGAAAUUCCACUCCCUUUUAAAGAGAAUGAUACCAAGCUACCUAAUAACAGGCGAUAUGUCCUAAAGAGACUCUUUAAGUUAAAGAUUAAGUUCAAAAGAAGCGAACAGCUCAGAAAUUAUUACACAGCGUUCAUGAAAGACAUAAUCGAUCGUGGUUAUGCAGAACUAGUGCCAGCUGAAGUUUAUCGAGGAACGACGGUCGGGUAUGGUACGUCCCCCACCAUGGUGUAUACCAUCCACGUAAGAAGGAUAAAAUUCGCGUAGUCUUCGACUGCAGUGCGGAGUAUGACAGUGAAUCACUUAACCAACAUCUUCUUUCUGGACCGGAUAUGACUAACGGCUUUGUUGAUGUUUUAUGCAGAUUUCAUCAAGAACCCAUUGGUGUGAUGCGCGAUAUAGAGGCAAUGUUCCAUCAA